AGCCAGAGGACAGUGGGGAGGUUUCUUCAAACACUCUGGAUAUUUACCUGAUAUUUACAGUUAACAAAGAUCUCUGCAAAGACUACCAUGGCACAUGUGAUUCAUCUAUCAUUACUGCUAGCAGUGAGCCUGCUGCCCUGCGUUUCAGUCAUGCAAGGGUUUCCAAAUGGAGGAAUCAAAAUCACUCACUGUGAUCUGUGCGCUGUUGGAUGGAAUAUUACACAAAAUUGCAAUUGCACAGUUGGCAAGUGGAUUUGGAAAUUUAAAUGUGGUGAUUCCAGAGUCAACCAAGUCACACUGGAAGCCACUAAACUCAGUAGCACUGGGAUGACGGACUAUCCUAACACAUGUCCUAAAAUCACAUACAAAACAGACAGUUUUCUUUUGUCUGUGGAGGUAGAACAUGGGUGUGUAAAGUUUUCUGGUCGUAAUCAAAUUUGUGGAAGUUGCAACAGCGGAGUUACCUCUACAAAUAACUGUAAUCCAGGAAGAAAGAUACACAUCUCAGUGUCUAAGCCAGAUAAAAAAACAGUAAAGAUACAUUUUCAAAAUGUUCAUGAAGAAUACGAUAUCAGUGACUGUAUAGAUGCUCAGACAGCGUCAAAUCAACCCUGCAAUGUUACUGUCCCUACAAGGAGUGCAGCUACAGCAGUUACAAACCUGCAGUUCUACCAUGAAAACAAAAGUUGGAUUGAUGCCUUGGAGGACUGUCAGCAAAACUACUCCUCCCUGGUUGAAAUCACCAACCAAACAGUGAAUGAUGAAGUGAAAAGUCUCCUGCAAAAUGAGACAGACUUGCAACGAGGGGUGUGGAUUGGCCUGGAACGCUCAGUCUUUGGCAAAGAUAGGGAAUGGAUGUGGAUUUCAAGGUCCAAAGACAUUAAUCCUAAAUGGAACAGCAGCAUAGCUGACUCAAAUAACCACUGUGCAAAGAUGAUCCUGACUGAGAAACAAGUUCAGUUGCUGGAUGCCAACUGCCAUGACAGACUACCUUUCAUCUGUCAAGAUUUUGGAGAAGAUGCACUGUGACCUCUACUCAUUUGGAGAAAAAAGUAACAGUAUGAGGAAGACACUGAAUUCAGUCAUGAAUAAUAUCAGUCAAAUUACUAUAUCAUUCCCAUGAUAAGUGUAUGCGAACUUCUGACCACAGCUGUAUAUAUAAAACUCUCUUAGUUAAGGUUUGUUGUCAUUUCUUUAAGCAGUCUUCAUGAAUAGGUCUCCAGACUUCUUG